AUGUCUUCUAUUUCAAGUAAAUGGGUACCGAAACAACGUGAUUAUGUUUCCGAACAUAAACAAUUCAAUAAACCAACAACCGUAACAACAAAUCAUCCACUCGGUGUAAUUGUUGCCAGCAAACAACAAACAGUUACAUCGACGACAUCAUCACCUAUUAUUGAUCCACUUUCAGCGAAAAUCAGUCAAGUGGAUAUCGACCCAUUGUCUCGCGCAUUAUCUGCGGCGAUUAGUACAAAUAAGAAAGAAUCAUCCGAUGGAAUAGCAGCAACAACACCUGAUACAUUCGAACCAUGGUCAAGUAAGAAAAGUUUGAUAUUAAAUCAAUAUUCCACAACCAAGAAAAUCAGUAUGACAACUGCAAUGAAUAAUACUAACGAUGAAGCGACUAUCGAUAAUUCUAAAGCUUCGGAUAUGACCACAACAUCGGAAAGAAUUAAGAAUCGUUUAGAGCAAUUAGAUGCAUUUGAAGGUGGACAACAAACUCAAAGUUUAACUCAACAGGAAUACAUCAAUCGAAUCAAUGAAAUGAGUCGAGAUAUGAGUCAAGCAUGGAAAAGUGAUCAACGCGUUAAAACAUUAAAAAUCGCCAUUCAAUGUUGUAAAUUAUUAGCUGAUAUGAAUGUCAUGGAAUUCUAUCCGAGUAAAUUCUGUUUGAUUACAGAUGUAUUGGACACGUUUGGUAAAAUGGUCUACACGCGUUUGUUAGAAAAAUGUGCACCACCAAAUGGAAAAAUUCCGGAUCGUAUUGUGAUUGAUCUUGUUCCCGAAACAACGCGCGAAACUGCUCGAAAUUGGUUUUACAAAAUCGCUAUUAUCCGUGAAUUACUACCACGUAUUCUUGUUGAAGCAGCGAUUCUUAAAUGCUACAACUUCUUAUCGGCAACACAUUAUCAAUCUACAUUGGUACAAUUAGUCAAAAUGUGCCGAGGUAUUGGUGAUCCAUUAGUUGCUGCCUAUGCUCGUUGUUAUAUUUGUCGAGUUUCUAUUGAUAUCGAUUUCAAACAUCGUGAACCGAUCGAAGUCGCUUUUACUGAUCUAUGUCAGUCAUUUCAUCAAAUUACUACGCCAACUGUUAAAAAUCUAUAUGCAUCGCAAAAACUAACAACUAGCAUAUAUUUAUCCUUAUAUUCACCAGCAUUAGAUUGGGUAGUUCAAUGUUUAUUACAUAAACUAGAUGACAAGAAAAUCGAACAAAUGAUAAAUAAAACUAAAGCAGGCUUAGACGUGCCAAGUGGUGGUAUCGUAUUGAAUGCACUUUUGAACACACUUCCGCCAAGUCAUGUUCGUGCGAAAGUACAAACGUAUAUUGGGAUGAUCAAUGACUGCGACGAACAAUAUUUUCCCAAGAGUAUAUUGUAUCGUUCAUUAGGUUUAUCUCUUCUCUUAUCACCGCCAGAAUCGACACCCUCGGAUAUACAGAUACUGAGCAGUGUUUGGAAAGUGGUGACGAAGUUCAAAGAUCCAUCGAGUUACAUGGCAUGUGCUGAAGUCUGGACGGAAUUAAUUUCCAAAGAAUAUACUAUCCGAGAAGUGAACACUAUGAUAGGUGAUAUUAUCAAGCAUUUAACACCCGAUCGUGCUUUCGAAGAAUAUUAUGGGAGAUUGCACGCAAUUAUGAUCAAACUGCUAACAAAUGUCGAAGAUUUUGCAGCUCUAUUCUCAAUGGAUAAAAUCUUGCCAUUUCUCGACUUGUUCCAACGAGAAAACGUUCGAGUAGAUAUAUUCAAAUCAAUCUUACAUGCAUUUGUCAGCAGAAACUCACAGGAAAAAACUAAUGAUCCAGUAUUAAUAGCUGCAAUGAUUCAUUGUGCUAAAUGUGUGCACGACACACUUGGAGCAUUGACAAAUGAUGAUGAACUACGAGAAGUUAGUGGACUCUUAUCUGCUAUCAUACGUAAGGUCGAUUAUGGCAAAGAUGUUGAGCAAGAGUUGAAAUUUUGUGUGGAAGCUCGUGGAUUAUUUGGUUAUAUCGAUUCAGUUACAAUUACACUCAUUCAAAAAGUCAACAAAUUAGCUAUAUCCACGUAUCAUAAUGUCAAUGGCGUUCACUCGGCUGCUACAUCAUCAUUCAUCCGGGCUUGUAUGGCUUUUUGUUAUAUUACAAUUCCAACGUUAGAACAUCCGUUACAUAAACUUCAAUUAUACACACUUUGUUCACAAACAGCAUAUUUGAACCAAAGUCCUUCACAGGGGGAUGGUUUUCUCAAAACCGCGAUUACCUUGCUAUCUGAAUUUCCAAAACAAAUUGAGAUCGAAGGAAAACCAAUAUCAAGUGAUCGAUAUCUCUAUGAAUCGAUUACUAACAUCAUGGGCACACUUGUUGUUGUACCAGAUAAUCCCGAUGGCAGUGUUCUAUAUCUCGCUAAUGGUUUGAGUAAUGUCAUUAGUCAAAUGAAAUGUUUCGACGAAGCAAGUGAAACGCGUGCGCUGCUUCUGAUGAAUAUGCUCUGUUUUCUUACUACACAAGUUCAAUCGACGUUACCAUAUCAUAUUCCAAAAGUCGAAUCAAAUGAUACUUUGUAUGGUAAUGAUGAAAAUUUUAUUAAUGAAAUACAUCAACGGUUGAGUCGCCUUUGCGAACAGAUCAUUCAGAUUCUGAAAGAUAUGGGCAACACGAAUCCAAAGCGUCAGUCGUCAUUGGCUCUCGAGUUUUUCAAUCGUUUCAUUGCGCAUACUGACUUGAGUCAGCCGAAAUGCUUAAAAUUUGUUGUUAAUCUUUGGAAUUUAAUUCAGAAAAAUGCCAGCCCUGAUACACAAAAGACUGCCAAGCGAAUGUUGAUUGCUAUUGAGAUAAAUUCGAAUUCUGAUCAGUCCUUUAAACACUUACUCGAACUUUUAUCCGGCACGAUGAAUGAAACCAGUCGAGUAUCAUCUCGCUCGUCGUCAACAUCCAAUUCGAUACAAUCAUUCAAUACUGGUGAUUAA